AUGAUAUUAACAAUACUUGCAACGCUUCUAUGCGUUUUAUACGUUUAUUUAAAAAAACGUUACAAUCAUUGGAAGGAUCGUGGAGUUCCUUACGAAGAACCGACUUUGCUUGUGGGAAAUUUAGGUUCUUCUUUGAUCUCCAAACGGCACAUCGGUGAAAUCUACAAUGCGAUUUACAAGAAAUGUAGGAUUACUAAAGGGAUGAACGUGAUGAUACCUAUAGACUCGAUAUAUAUGGAUGAGCAAUAUUUUGAUAAUCCGCAUCAGUUUAGACCGGAACGUUUUUACAGAUCCAACAAAAGUAAUGUGAGGAAAAGCACUUUCUUUCCGUUUGGAGAUGGACCGCGCAUUUGCAUAGGAAUGCGUUUCGCUUUGUUGCAAAUAAAAACUGCAUUAGUCGCGAUAUUUUCGAAAUACACGAUCACUCUGAACGAGAAGACGAUCAUUCCUUUGAGGUUCGAGAAGAACGGUGUUCUCAGAGUGCCGUUUCAUUGCAACAUGUGGAUGAUAAUACUUGUCGCAACGUUCCUCUGCGUUUUGUACGUUUAUUUGAAAAAACGAUACAAUCAUUGGAAAGAUCGCGGAGUUCCUUACGAAGAACCGACUUUGUUUGUGGGAAAUUUAGGUCCUUCUUUGACUUCCAAACAGCACAUCGGUGAAAUCUACAAUGAGAUUUACAAGAAAUAUGAAGGAUUCAGAUAUGUCGGAGUGUACACUUUCCUUCAUCCGGCUUUGGUCAUCAGAGAUCCCGAUCUAAUUAACGAUGUAGUCAUCAAGGAUUUCCAUCAUUUCGAGAAGAACAAUUUCGAAGCUGACGUGAGCAACGAUCCGAUCAUGGGAAGGAAUCCUUUCGCUUUAUCUGGCGAAAAGUGGAAGACAGUUCGAGCCCAAUGGACACCGAAUUUUACUAGCGGAAAGAUAAAGCAAAUGUUUCCUUUCGUGAAGGAUCAAAGCGAAAAAUUGCUGAAUUACAUGGAAGAUCAUGCGAGUUGCAUCGACGUUAAAGAUUUGCUGAAGAGGUAUAACAUUGGCGUCGUCGCCAGCUGCGCUUUCGGUUUAGAAGCGAAUUCUUUCUCUGAAGAGGAAAGCGAAUUCGUGAAAAUAGCUUCAGAGAUAGGAGACGUUUCCGGAUUCAGCAUGAUCAAAAUGACUUUGAUCAGUAUAUUUCCGCAAUUAGCAAAGUUCACUAGUGUUAGAUUUUUCACGAAACACGCCGAGAAUUAUCUAAUAAAAAUUGUAGAACAAACUUUAGAGUAUAGAAGAAAAAACAAUGUAGUGAGAAACGAUUUUUUACACAAUUUGGCGGAGCAGAAAGAUAAAAGUUCAGAGUAUAAAAUGGAAGAUAUAGAUAUUGUCGCACAAGCUGCAGGCUUCUUCGGCGACGGAGUUGAGUCUAGUUCUGUCGUCGCCAGUUUCAUCCUGCACGAUUUAGCGCAAAAUCCUGCAGCUCAACAAAAACUUCAGCAGGAAAUCAUGGAUUUAAAAGGAGAAAUCACUUAUGAUACAAUCAAUUCGAUGGAAUAUUUGGAAUGCGUUAUUUACGAAAGCAUGAGGAUGCAUCCAGCUGUUCUAUUCUUAACGAGGAAAUGCACGAAAGAUUACGUUUUUCCACCGCCCAAAGAAGGUGGAUCUGAAGUGCGGAUUACUAAAGGGAUGGACGUGAUGUUACCUGUAGAUUCUAUACAAAUGGAUGAGCGAUAUUUUGAUAAUCCGCAUCAGUUUAAACCGGAACGUUUUUCCAAAUCCAAUAAAAGUAAUGUGAGGAAGUGCACUUUCUUUCCUUUCGGAGAAGGACCGCGCGCUUGCAUAGGUAUGCGUUUCGGUUUGUUGCAAAUAAAAAUGGUAUUGGUAGCGAUAUUUUCGAAGUUCACGAUUACUUUGAACGAAAAGACAAUGGUUCCUUUGCAGUUGGAAAAGAACGGUGUUAUUAGAGUGCCUGUCGGUGGAAUUUGGGCUGAUUUUCAUAAAAUUUAAAAUUUCCGAAAUUCAGUAUUUUAACUUAUAAUAAAGUAAUAAAUUAAAGCUUAAAUUAAGAGGAAUAAAUGUGUUGUAGUUAUUGUGAAAGUUAUAUAAAAUUUAAAUAAAAUUAAGAGUAUCAAGA